CCGUAAGAUUUGUAGCUAUUGGUUUCUGGGCGAGCAACCUCGCUUCCCGUUGAUGCAUCUGGAGACACGUCCGUCGUGUAUAUUCAUGAUUUUAUAACACAAACGGGGAAUAAUAAUAAAAAAAUAAAUAAACAAAACAAAAUCCGGUUGUAUAAAGGGUGGCGUGGCUAAAGAGCCGCAGUUGACGAUGGGGGGGGGGGGGGGGGACGAGAGAGGAUAGCAGCAGCAGCGAAGGCACCGCCAUCUCAGUAGAGGACGCUCUCGAAACAGUUCUGAGAGUGGUCCAUCGCCUGCCGCUCCUCACUGUGCCCCUUCACGAUGCGGCUGGGAAGGUGCUGGCCGAGGACAUUCGCUCGCGUGACCCUCUGCCGCCGUACCCUGGUUCGAUGAAGGAUGGGUACGCAGUGGUGGCUUCAGAUGGGCCUGGCGAGUAUCCUGUAAUCGCUGAAGCAAGAGCUGGCAACGAUGGACUUGGCAUCACCGUCACUCCUGGAACUGUAGCCUAUGUUACCACUGGAGGGUUGUGACAUUGAAACAGAUGCUGUAGUAUUGACAUCUGGGCAAAGAAUUGGUGCUUCAGAAAUUGGUUUGCUUGCUACUGUAGGAGUGACAAUGGUGAAGGUAUAUCCCACCCCAACAAUUGGUGUGCUUUCCACAGGAGAUGAACUGGUGGAGCCAACGACAGGCUGUUUAAAUCGUGGCCAGAUUACAGACUCCAACUGGGCUAUGAUACUGGCAGCUUCACUACAGCAUCAUUGCAAAGUUCUUGACCUAGGUAUUGCUAGAGAUGAUGAAGUACAGGACAACAUCAUGAGUACUGCCAUUUCUGCUGGAGUUGAUAUUAUUCUUACAUCUGGAGGUGUUUCCAUGGGAGACAGGGACUAUGUCAAACCACUACUUCAAAAGAGAGGGACAUUGCAUUUUAGUAAGGUUUGGAUGAAACCAGGGAAGCCUUUGAAUUUUGCAGAGAUCAAUUCCAGACUUGCAGAGAAUAUGCCAAUGAAAAAGAUUUUUACAUUCGGGUUGCCUGGAAAUCCAGUUAGCGGUCUUGUCUGCUUCCGCAUAUUUGUGGUCCCUACUAUCCACCGUCUUGCUGGAUGGGAAAAUCCUCAUCUUUUGAGAGUGCAAGCUUGUCCUCUUCAGCCUUUAAAGACAGAUCCUGCACGCCCAGAAUUUCAUCAUGCUAUCGUUAGAUGGGAGUUAAAUGAUGGACUGGGAUAUCCUGGCUUUGUUGCUGAGAGUACUGGCCACCAGAGGAGCAGUCGGAUUUUAAGUAUGAAGUCUGCUAAUGCUUUGUUGGAGUUGCCAGCAACAGGCAGAGCUGGGACUUCUGUGCCAGCCAUCAUUAUUUCUGAUAUAAGCAAUGCUAUUUGCAAAAUUUCUUCGUCACCUGAUUCGGCAUCAUUUCCAAAGAUCUAUAAUGCAAGAACUGUAGCUGAGUCUCAGGAUGCCGGCGUUAGAGUAGCAAUUCUUACAGUGAGUGAUACUGUUGCAUCAGGGGCUGGGCCUGAUAGAAGUGGUCCAAGGGCAGUUUCUGUUGUAAAUUCCUGUUCAGAAAGGUUGGGGGGAGCUAGGGUUGUUUCAACAGCUGUGGUCCCGGAUGAUGUAAGCAAAACAAAGGGUGUUCUGCAUAGAUGGAGUGAUAUUGACCAAAUGGAUCUCAUCCUCACCCUCGGUGGUACUGGCUUCACCCCACGAGGUGUAACCCCUGAAGCAACCAAAGAGUUGAUUGAGAAAGAAACACCUGGUCUUCUUCAUGUCAUGAUGCGAGAGAGUUUGAAGGUGACACCAACUGCUAUGCUCUCGCGCUCUGCAGCAGGAAUAAGAGGGUCAUCACUGAUCAUUAACAUGCAUGGGAAUCCAAAUGCGGUUGCUGAGUGUAUGGAGGCUCUGUUGCCUGCCCUCAAGCAUGGAUUGAAGCAGAUAAGAGGAGACAAGAGAGAAAAUCAUCCCUGACACGUCCCUCACACACAAGGGGCGACCGCGGAUGUGUGGGAACAAAGUUAUAAGCUGGCCUCAGCUAGUGGGAGUGAGCCAGGUUGUUCUUGUUGCCGCUAAUAUGGAAUCUAGUAGAGUCAUGUAACGUUUUCCACUUUUGUUCUGCAUCUCCUCCUCAUAGAAUGUAAUAGUUGUAAUGUAGUGAGCCAGGUUGCUAGUAAGAUGCGCUUACGCGUAGAUUCUUCAACGUGUUACACAAAUUUGAAUAAAUGUAUAGUAAAGGAGGGUGUGCAAGGGCUUGUUUAGAAGUA